GAACCGUUCAUUCUACGUCGAGUCGCCGCCAUUUGACAAUUGACAUUCAAUCGGUUUCUUCGAUUUGUUUUUAUUUUUCCCCCUUUUUGCUUUAAGUUCUGCGAUUUUAAUAUUCAAAGCGGCGAUUCAGACCCAACUACCGAGUGGGAUCCAAAGGCUGUUUAGGUACAAGCACAAGCACAACCACAACCACGAGCUCGGGCGGACAGCGACGCCGGCAGCGUCAGCGAAAACUGGGCAGCACCACUGCACUUUGGAAAAAUCGGAAACCAAAAACUCAGAAGCUAUAUAGCCGGCAGAGGCUACAGUAGAAGUCGGAUCAUCCAGUAAUCAGCCAGUACCUGGAGGCACAUUCUCAUCCACAACCGCAGACGACAUGGAAGCGAACAACGAAGUACUCAGCAUCCUCAGCGUAGUUGCCAUCAGCGUCGUGGGCUUCCAGGUGGUCCGCAAGGUCCUGCCCUGGAUCUACACCAAUGUGGUGGGGCCCAAGGUGUUUGGUUCCUCGGUGAACCUGGCCAAGAUAGGCGAGUGGGCAGUUGUCACCGGGUCCACCGACGGCAUUGGCAAGGCCUACGCGAAGGAGCUCGCCAGCCGAGGACUGAAGCUGGUUCUGAUCAGUCGUUCGCUGGACAAGCUCAAUGCCGUGGCCAAGGAGAUCGGGGACAAGUAUGGCGUGGAGGUGCGAGUGAUCGAUGUGGAUUUCACCGGCGGCGCCGAGAUCUACGACAAGAUUAAGGACAAGACCACCGGCCUGGACAUCGGCGUUCUGGUCAACAACGUGGGCAUUAGCUACAGCCACCCGGAGUACUUCCUGGACUGCUACAACGCUGAUCCGCAGUUCCUGCGCAACAUUGUGGCUGCCAAUAUCCACUCGGUGACCCACAUGAGCGCCCUGUUCCUGCCGGGCAUGAUUGCCAAGCGCAAGGGAGUGAUCAUCAACCUGUCGUCCACCGCAGGAGUCAUUCCCAAUCCUCUGCUGAGCGUGUACAGCUCCACGAAGGCUUUUGUGAACAAGUUCAGCGAUGACCUACAGACGGAGUACAAGGAGCACGGCAUUCUGAUCCAGAGCGUGCAGCCCGGCUUCGUGGCCACCAACAUGUCGAAGAUCCGCAAGGCCAGCGUGUUUGCUCCCUCGCCGGAAACCUAUGUGCGUUCCGCUCUCUCCACCCUGGGCAUUGCCAACCAGACGGCGGGUUACCUGCCCCACGCCCUGCUCCAGCUCAUCAUUCACUUCACGGAGGCGGUCUUUGGCGACCAGUUCGCCCGCAAUCUGGUACUGAAGAACAUCCUGGGCACACGGAAGCGUGCUCUGCGCCGCCUGGCCAAGGAGCAGUAGGCCCACAUCAUUCCCAGCAGAAUGGCAUUUAGUUUCGAGGCGGGAGUCGGGUGGGGGAAACUGGCUAGUCAUAGUUUAUGUCAUAUAACGUGUCAUAUGAACGAACAAAAGCCGAAAGCUUGAGAUACCAAAUACUUUCCCAAUAAACUAGGUCUAGUUAUUGUCACUAAAACAUUGGAAAUUCGCAAAACUGUUGCCUCGGCUGACAAGCAAUUGAAUAAAGUGUACAAACACCUGGAUAUGGGCACAAUGUAUACAUAUCCAGGUACUUGUUUGUGGAAA